AUGGCAUCCCCAGAUCUAUCCCUCUUCCCCGCCACCUUACUCCCCACCUCCGCAAGCUCCUCCCUCCCAAAACCCUAUACUAUCCGCCCCCUCCACCGCACCGACCACGCACACGGCUACCUAACCUGUCUCUCCUCCCUAACCUGGAUCGGCGACAUCUCCGCCGCUCAAUUCGAACAACGCUUCGAUUGGAUGAAGACAAAAGGGAAAGAAUGGUACUAUUGCAUCGUCAUCGAUGAUGGGGAGAAGAUAAUAGGUGCGGCCACUAUGAUUGUGGAUAGGAAAUUUAUCCAAAAUUUCACAACAAUAGCCCACGUAGAAGAAGUCUGUAUAUCUUCUUCCCACCAAAAGCAAGGUUUGGGUUUAUUGCUUAUCAACGCAUUAAACGCAUUGGCGAUGGAAAGUCUAGGGGUGGAUAAGUUGAUUUUGAAUUGUAGUGAAGAUAAUGUCGGGUUUUAUGAAAAAUGUGGGUAUGAGAGGGCGGGUGUGCAGAUGAGGGUUGAGAGGAAGAAGUAG